CGUGCAAUUCGUGAGGCCUGUGUUAAACUGGAAAUCGGUUAUCAGCCAGGCAUAACUUUUAUAGUAGUGCAGAAGCGUCACCACACUCGGUUAUUCUGUGCUGACCGUAAGGAUCAGAUGGGCAAAUCGGGGAACAUUCCAGCUGGAACCACUGUUGAUCAAGUGAUCACACAUCCUACAGAAUUCGACUUUUACCUCUGCAGUCACGCCGGCAUUCAAGGUACUUCGCGACCGAGUCACUAUCAUGUUCUCUGGGAUGAUAAUCAGUAA